GCCGUUUUCCAAAUAUCGACGCUUCCAAAUCCGAUUAAACGAAAACCUAGGGGUGGCGAGAUCAAGUUUUCUUUUUCGACGAAUUCGAUUCGUAUUCGAAUUUAAGUGAUUAAUCCUUUUGUGUUGAUACGUGAUUAUUUAAAAACAACGAAAAAUAAAUAAUUGGAAAAGUCACAAAAAGAAGCAAAUUUUGAAAAAAGAAUUUGUAACAAAAAGGAUUUUGUAAAUAUUCGAUCGAUGUGACAAGAUGAAUUGUUGGCUGAUUUCGAGCUCAUUUUUCAUUCGAUAGCAUCUUUAAAGUCGUCUUGAAGCGGUUAACGUAACUAUGCUGCUUUUAGUAUCCUUCUUAUUCGUCUCAGCUUAUUCAAUCCCAGUUGGACAACCAUCUCAAAUAUCGAGUUCCAUGCCGUUUUACGAACCAGUUCCCGAUUUUAACGAACCAAUAAGGAAUGUUACGGCAGCGGUUGGAAGGGAAGCGGUUUUAAGUUGUACUGUUAACGAUUUGGGGCAGUAUAAGGUUGGUUGGAUGAAAGCGGACGACCAAACCGUACUCAGCCUGGAUACGAGAGUAAUUACUCAUAAUCCGAGGAUAAACGUAGCGCACGACGAGAAACUGAGGACCUGGCAGUUGAGGAUAAGGCAACUAAAAGAGUCUGAUCGUGGAUGCUACGUUUGCCAGAUUAAUACGAAUUCUAUGAAAAAAAUUUAUGGGUGUAUUGACGUUCAAGUUUCCCCGGAUAUUGAUGAUGAAGGAACGAGUGGGGAUGUAACAGUUACUGAAAAAGAUAAUGUUACACUUACAUGUAGGGCUAGGGGUCAACCAGAACCAAGAGUUUUAUGGAGGAGGGAAGAUAGUAAACAUAUUUUGCUAAAAGAAACACCACUAGACGUAGAAAAAGUUGACACCUUUAGCGGUAGCACCUUGAAUCUAUUUCACUUAGACAGGCAGCAAAUGGGCGUUUACCUUUGUAUUGCCAGUAACGAUGUACCACCAGCAGUUAGUAAACGCAUUACCCUCAAUAUUAACUUUCCUCCAUUGGUACACGUUGUAAAACCCAUUAUAAGCGCCCCAUUGGGCGGAAGUGCAAAAUUAAAAUGCGACGUUGAAUCUUAUCCGAAAUCGGAUAAUUACUGGAUGAAGGACCGCGAAGAAAAUUUGUUAAACGAUUCCAGGCACCAUUUUCACGAGAAAAAGAUUCGACUUCGAAUCAUCAUGACUUUAACUAUUUUUAAUGUAACCGCAAAUGAUUUGGGAAUUUAUCGCUGCAUAGCGAGAAAUUCAGUUGGAAAACAUGAAGGUUCAAUUCGCUUAUACGAAACCCCAACCACAACAACUGUAACAACCCCAUCCACAACCACCAUCAUUUUAUCAACACAACCAUUAAUUAGUUCAGAGAUAAAUUUUAAAACCAUCUCUUUACAUUUUUUAACCACCACAUCCAAACGAUUAAUACCGGAAAAGCGAUCAACGGAAAUGGAUCCGAUUCACGAAUGGUUUUUGCCGAGUGUUGGUCCAGCUUUAUUGGAGUUAGAAACGCAAUCGUGGGGGAUGAUAUUACACCCUUCAACGAUUUUAUUAACAUUUUCAAUAAUGUGCGCGUUAUUACCUCAUGGGUAGUGUUAUUCGUUUAAUCAAAAUUAACGAGAAAUACACACAGAAAAUUAAAUAUUUACAAAAAAAAUCGUGAGUGGUUUCAACAAAAUAAUUCUUCGAUUAUUAGCGAAUCUCCGAAAAAGUUCACAAAUCUCAAAAAAAUAAUUAAAGGAAAAAUGAUUAAAAAAUAAAAACCGUAACCAGUUCAUGUCUUUAGGUUAAAUUAACACAGAAAAGUUAAUAAAUCGAAAAAUCUGAAUAAAAAGAAUAAGAAAAAUGGUAUUUAUGAUGUUCAACUCACCCUUUCAUCUAUAAAGAACGAUAUCGAACCUAACGAAUUUAUAUUUUAGAUAAUAUACAUACUUAGAGGUGUAUAAUAAAAUGUAUUUGGAUGAUUUAUUACGAAAUGUACAUAUCUAUGAUGGAGAGUUGUGAAUAAAACUGUGUAAAUUUA